AAUGAUGUGAAUGAAGAAAAAUCAUCAGAAUUGCAGCAACAGCAGCAGGAAAAAGAAAAGAAAAAAAGCGGUGGUAGCAGGGAGUUGCCGGAAAUUGGCGACUCCGAGAACGUCGCCAGUGGUAACAGCAUUAUGUGCUGUGUACUACAGGGUGCUGGUAGAGUAUGUCCCUCAAGCAUGAGGGACAAACAUCACGAUGGUAGUACACCCAGUGACCGAGGGGGCUGCAAUACAUCACUUGCUACCAAUGAUUUACCACUAGAAUCACUCUGGGCCGCUGGUCUCGACGAAGGAAUGGGUUUUCCGCAGAGAUGCUACUAUGCCAAUCAUCGGACUAUUCCGAUAACACCAACCACCCCCAACAAAAACACCGAACAAAUUUGGCAUGAGCGCAAUACACCCUACAGAACCCCGACGAUAUCAACUGGAGCAGACUCGUCGAUAAUAGAUGAGAUAUGGACUUCAUCGAACGAUAGAAAAUAUUUUCAUGCGUCAACAAUGUCUUCAGAAAUGGAUUCGAACCUGAAUAUUCAUGAAAACAAUCGUUCACUUGAAUUGAGAGACAAGGAUUCAUAUCUUAAUGACGUAGAAAACAAUAAAGACCCUCACAAGCGUUCUUAUUAUCCAUCCACACCGACGACAUCGGGACUGGGAUCCUCUAUUGAGAAAACUCAAUCCAUUGAAACGCCUAGAUCUCACGAUCCACCUAGUCAUCUCUGGUACAGCCGUGCUGACGAUUUUUCGAAUUACAAUACUGUUAAAUCAUCCCACGCAAUAACACGACAGCCAAGGCCGAAUCCAGAUUGGUUCAAAAACGACAAUAAGUUCAUAAGCCAUCGUAAAUUUGGUGGCCGGCCUAGAAAUGACGACACCGAAAUCUGGUCAUCGAAAAUCGAUAAUACGAAUAACAUGUCGGGAUAUAUGACGCAACAAAAUCGUCAACAUCGUUGUUAUCAUCAGGCACGUAAAAGUUUUUCAACCUCGAUGAUGACUGAUCUUGCUGCUAUGCUAAGUGAUUCACAACAAAGUCUUGGAAGUACUUCCAUUCUGGUAAGUUUAUCUCCAAUCUACUUAACAAUAAACACUAAUUAUCAUACUCAUUAUUUCUGUGUCAGCGAUUACCUUUCAAACAUUUAA